UUUUGUUAGACUGAUGUUCCAGCUCAACACACCAGUCCCCACUAAGGAUGAUGUCCUUGGUGUCGUCGACACGCAACUGUAUCUUCAAUUCAACAAUCAGACGAACACUCAAACCACCUUCCAGAAUGGAACUUAUAUCAAACUUACAGAUACUUCAUUUGCCGUCGAUCUUGGUUUCAAAAUAACCAAUGUAACCAUGGAGUCGCCAAGCAAUAGCCUCACUUUCACCAAUGAGACCUACAGCCAGAUAGAGGAUUCAAUUAACAGCCUACUCCGUGCUAUUCUUUGUAAACCAGACAGCAAACAGUUUGACUUUCCCAAGCCCGACUUCACUACUGUUGGCACUCAAAUCAGGGCAGACGUGAUGUAUUUAUACAAAGAGGGAGAAAUCAACCUCCCUAGUGCUAUUCUAGAGGAAGUCUUAAAAGUCUCAGGUCUCCUGACAACCACUGUUGCCCCAACAACUACCAGCACCACACCACUGCCUACCGUUUUGCUGACCACUCCUUUCAAUACCACAAGUGGUGGAGGUUUUCCUGGCUGGGCUCUGGCCAUUAUCAUCCCUUGUGGCAUCGCUAUCAUUCUGGUACCACUGUGGAUCCUGCUUUGUUGCAUGCUGUGUGGCUGCUGUGCAGCUGUAAGGAGACGCUGUCACAGACGUAGAUCUUACAAUGUACAGUACACCACCAGAAACGGCCUCUUCUGAGGUGACAACACUAACAUCUGUGGGCAACUGUCAUCACAAGAACAGCCAAUCAUCUAUAUCUGCUAAUCACGGGACUUUAAUGCAUGGAAAAUCACUUGUGACUACACACCAUUGCAUCUGAGAAGAUCAAGUGAGGACUUCCAUAUAUUUUUAUCAUAAAAAGAAAAUUGAUAAUAGGCCACAUGUUUUUUGUGCAAUGUACUACUUUUUAUAUAAUGCAUCUGGUUGUUAAUCAACGUUACAGCUGAGCUGAACAAAGUAUGUUUAUAUAUUUAUUAACUAUGUCAUGUGUGGUUUCAAGCUGUGCUGUCCACUGACUAAAACGGUUAUCACUUAUUUAUUUAAUGUAUAAUAAGCUUCAUUACAAU